GUGAUGAUGCUCUGAGCCACAGUGAGACUCAGCAUUUGUAUCUAUGGACCUGAUCUGAACUGCAGAGCCUGCCUAUGGGGGAAGGUGACGCCAUCUGGGCCCCGUCCAUCCUUCCUCACAGCACCCUCAGCACCUUAAGCCACCAUCCCCAGCUGCAUUUUGGGAGAAGGAUGGAGUCCAAGGUUUCAGAAGGUGGCCUGAACGUGACCUUGACUAUCCGCCUGCUGAUGCAUGGAAAGGAAGUUGGAAGCAUCAUUGGGAAGAAAGGGGAAACUGUGAAGAAGAUGCGUGAAGAGAGUGGUGCCAGGAUCAACAUCUCAGAGGGGAACUGCCCAGAGAGAAUCGUAACCAUCACGGGUCCAACUGAUGCCAUCUUUAAGGCCUUCGCCAUGAUAGCCUACAAGUUUGAGGAGGACAUCAUUAACUCCAUGAGCAACAGCCCUGCCACCAGCAAGCCCCCGGUGACGCUGAGGCUGGUGGUCCCAGCCAGCCAGUGCGGGUCCCUGAUCGGCAAGGGCGGCUCCAAGAUCAAGGAGAUCAGGGAGUCCACAGGUGCCCAGGUCCAGGUGGCCGGGGACAUGCUGCCCAACUCCACAGAGCGGGCAGUGACCAUCUCAGGGACACCAGACGCCAUCAUCCAGUGCGUCAAGCAGAUCUGUGUGGUCAUGCUGGAGUCCCCACCGAAAGGUGCCACCAUUCCCUACCGCCCAAAGCCCGCCUCCACCCCUGUCAUUUUUGCAGGUGGUCAGGCCUACACUAUCCAGGGACAGUAUGCCAUCCCCCACCCGGAUCAGUUGACCAAGCUCCACCAGCUGGCCAUGCAGCAAACCCCCUUUCCUCCCCUCGGACAGACCAACCCCGCUUUCCCCGGAGAAAAGCUGCCUUUACACUCCUCCGAAGAAGCUCAAAAUCUGAUGGGCCAGUCGUCAGGUCUGGAUGCCAGCUCCCCGGCCAGCACUCAUGAGCUCACCAUUCCCAAUGAUCUAAUAGGCUGUAUAAUUGGACGCCAAGGGACCAAAAUCAAUGAAAUUCGACAGAUGUCUGGAGCUCAAAUCAAAAUCGCCAAUGCCACAGAAGGGUCAUCAGAGCGUCAGAUCACCAUCACGGGAACCCCGGCCAACAUCAGCCUUGCCCAGUAUCUCAUCAAUGCCAGGCUGACGUCCGAGGUCACCGGGAUGGGCGCACUCUAA